GAGAAGUCACGCGCGGAGGGACGGAAAAUGGCGCGUCCCCGGCCCGCUGCCGUCCUGCUCCUCGUCGCCUUGUGCGCGGGGCGGGCCCUGGCGCUCCCCGAGAUAUGCCAGGAGUGUCCCGGGAGCGUGCAAAACUUCACUGAAGUGGCCCGUUAUUGUAAGCGGCUGCCUGUGUUCACGCUGCAUGCUCGCUGCUGCCUAAAUGAGAAUGACACCAUCGUGGGGCUAGAUCUCCAGAACUGUUCCCUGAAGGAUCCUGGCCCAAACUUCCACCAGGCUUUUAGUGCUGUCGUCAUAGACCUGCAAGCCAACCCCCUUAAGGAUAACUUGACCGACACAUUCCACGGCUUUCUCCGACUCCAGUUGCUAGUACUGCCUCGAGAUGUCCAGUGUCCUGGAGGGGUGAAAGCCUGGGAUAAUAUCACUGAUGAUAAAGACAGCAGAACCUGCCUAGGACAAAGGAAUCUUUGCGAUGACACAAGAGACCCAGAAAUGUGUCCGGAGAAUGGCUCGUGUGCACCCAAUGGCCCAGGUUUCAUGCAGUGUGUUUGUGCGGAAGGUUUCCAUGGUUACAAGUGUAUGCGCCAGGAUUUCUUCCCACUGCUCAUGUUCUUCGGAAUCCUGGGCUCCGCCACAUUCGCCAUCUCCUUGUUGCUUUGGGGGACCCAGCGCCGCAAAGCCAAGGCUUCCUGAGUGAAGACAGACCCGCCCUCCAUAGAUCUUGCUUUGAACCUAAAGUGCAGCUGAUUUAUCUUAGCCCCUCCAGGAGGUCGGGGCUUUUCCUGGGCUUGGCAUCCUUGGCACAGCUUGGCUGAAGCUGCCCUUGGAAGGAAGAUGGAAAAAGUUGGGCAUCCCUGUAGCCAGGUCCAGGCCGGUACUUGAACUGAACUAUUCACCAGAGACCAAUUGGUGGUAUUGGUUGUAUAUAAUAAUAAUAAAUAUUUAUGUGUCUUG